AUGGCAGAUGAAGAAAACAAAGGCCAUUCAAGCCACUUCUUUGAAAACAAGACUAUAGUAAUUGCUGGGGCAGGUCAUGCAGGCUCUGUAUCUGUUGUUAGCCUCCAAAAGCUCUGGAACCCGAAGCUCAACCCGCCAACAAUCAUCAUCUACGAACACGAUGCACCUGAGAUCGAUGUUCGGAGGGAGGCUUAUACUUUGUCUCUGACGGAAUUCGACAAUUCAGGCGGCCUUGUUGUAUUGAAGAACUUCGGGUUACUUGAUCACGCGCUGGAACAUUCCAUAUAUGGGCUUGACGGAGCUGGUGCUUUCAAGAUAUGGAUUUCAAGCUGA